UAUAUUAUAAUGUGAUUAGAGAACUUGUAUGUACAUACAUGUAUAUAUAUGUAGCAUAUCUACCGUUCCACCUCUCCCUCUUCCAACAAGUGCAGAUUGAACUCCAUCUUCGUUGUUUAGGGAGGAUUUUGAUUGAUUGGUCAUUAAAAAAGAAUCGUCCGAGGAAAUCAAAUAUGAAUUCCAACAACUGGCUAUCGUUUCCAUUUUCUCCUUCGAAUCCUUCUUUGCAAACUCACUUAAGUUCGUCAACUGAUCAGUCUCAACAAUUUUCACUAGGGUUAGUCAGUGAGAAUGAUGACAGCCCUUUUCAACAUCAAGAAUGGAACAUGAUGAGCGGUCAAGUGAGUAGUGAAGUACCAAAAGUUGCCGAUUUUCUUGGCGUGAGCAAAUCAGAAAACCAGUCGUCAGAUCUAGCCGUGUACAACAACGAAUUUCAUGCAAAUGAAUCUGACUAUCUAUUCACCAACCACAACUUACUACAGCUCCCAAACCCCUUGGCAGUCGCUCCUCCGGAUCAUUCCUACGAUAUUCCCGAAAACGCAAGCAAUUUACAGUCACUAACAUUGUCCAUGGGAAGUGGCAAUAAGCAAUGCGAAACCAUUGGAGAAAAUAGCGAAAGCACUGCCAUCGUUCCCGUUGAUGCUACCCCUAGAAGAACCCUGGAUACAUUUGGUCAAAGAACAUCAAUCUAUCGCGGUGUCACUAGGCAUAGAUGGACGGGUAGAUAUGAAGCUCAUCUAUGGGAUAAUAGUUGUAGAAGGGAAGGUCAAUCAAGAAAAGGUCGCCAAGUUUACUUGGGUGGGUAUGACAAAGAAGAGAAAGCAGCUAGGGCUUAUGACAUGGCUGCACUCAAAUACUGGGGAACCUCUACAACCACAAACUUUCCAAUUACUAACUACGAAAAGGAACUUGAUGAUAUGAAAAACAUGACCAGGCAAGAAUUUGUGGCUUCCAUACGAAGGAAGAGUAGUGGAUUUUCCAGGGGUGCAUCCAUGUACCGUGGUGUAACAAGGCAUCAUCAGCAUGGAAGAUGGCAAGCAAGGAUCGGCAGAGUUGCAGGAAACAAGGAUCUCUACUUGGGAACUUUCAGUACUGAGGAAGAAGCAGCAGAGGCUUACGACAUCGCAGCCAUAAAGUUCAGAGGACUCAAUGCAGUAACCAAUUUUGACAUGAACCGCUAUGAUGUAAAGAGCAUCCUGGAAAGCAACUCUUUGCCUAUAGGAGGUGGAGCUGCCAAACGCUUAAAAGAAGCCCAGGCAAUCGAAUCAUCACGAAAACGGGAGGAAAUGAUAGCCCUUGGAUCAGCUUUUCAAUAUGGCAGCUCAAGUUCGGGCACAGUUCUUCCACUACAAGCCUAUCACUCUCUGAUGCAACAACCUUAUCAUGAUCCCAAUCCCCAGCCUCUGCUAACCUUGCAAAACCCCGAAAUUUCGCAGUACUCUACUCAGGAGCAUCAAUUCAACCAGAGCUACAUUCAAACACAGCUACAGCUGCACCAACAAUCUGCGGUUGAUUCUUACAAUAACUCUCAGCUCUACAACAGUUACCUUCAGAACAAUCCAUCGUAUUUGCACGGGUUCAUGAACAUGGGCUCAUCAUCAUCUGUGUUGGAUAAUAAUGGGAGUUCCAGUAAUGGGAGUUAUAGUACUGGAGGCUAUUUAGGUCACUCGACAGCAGGUAAUGGCAGCGGUGGGGUCGGAGGUUCAUCUACUGAGGAGCUGGGGAUGGUUAAGGUGGAUUAUGACAUGCCAUCAGGGAGUUACAAUACAGCAGGAUGGUCCGGGGACUCGUCGGUCCAGGGAUCGAAUCCUGGUGUGUUUUCAAUGUGGAAUGACUGAUCUGAGAGUUUAGGUAAGAGAGGAAACUAAAAGGUGGGGAAAGUUGAAUUGGUAAUUUUGGUUUUAACAAUCUUUCAUUAGUUAGCGGAUAAACAAGGGAGAUUAAUUAAUGGAAGAUACAACUGAUGUUGCUUGACCUGAGCCUUUCAGACAUUAAGAACAGUAUUACAUGGACUGACUAUCAAUCAGAUAUGUUAUCAUAAUGUGUUUAUCUUCUUAAUUCCUAAUUUUUCAUUAAA